UAAAGGGUGUUGAGGUCAAAGGGAAAAUGGAAGUUGCGUGGGUUGGAAAGAGACAACCCAGUCCAAAAGAAUGCAGCGUUAAGAAUAUAUAAAUAAGGAAACCAAGCCAAACGAAAAAAGACCCCCAGGUACGGUAAUAGCAAAUGCAAUACUACUAAGGCAAGCUAAAGAACCAAACACAAAUCCUCUCAUUUACCUUGUCUCUCUGCCUUCAAAAUUUUCAAACAAGAAAAGAAAGGAAUUCUGCUCCAAUAUAAUUACCUCUAUAUCUAUUCCACAAUCUCAGAUUCUCUUCCUAGCUCACAAUGGUUACAUUCUUCAGAAAUUUGGCUUUCAGCUAUGCUUUUCUUGCAAUUUUUCUCUCAGCAGGUAUUGGAGUUUUUCUAGGUGUUGAAUCUUUCGGAAUCAACUAUGGCCAAGUGGCCAACAAUUUGCCGCAACCAGACAAAGUCCUUGAAUUGUUGAGCACCCUUAACCUCACAAAAACAAGAAUCUACGAUACCAAUCCGCAGAUUCUGACUUCUUUUUCCAACUCAAACAUUGAGAUCAUUGUGACAGUAGAGAAUGAAAUAUUAAGCCAGUUAGAUGAUCCUCAACAAGCACUUCAAUGGGUGAACAGCCGCAUCGUACCAUACCUACCCGAGACAAAGAUCACUGGUGUUCAGGUUGGGAAUGAAGUUUUCACCGAUGAUGACAUAACUCUCAUUGAGCACCUUGUGCCAGCAGUGGUGAACAUUCACAAUGCUCUAGCUCAAUUAGGCUACUCAAACAUAAAAGUUUCAACACCAAGUUCCUUGGCAGUGCUCGAUCAAUCUUACCCUCCUUCAGCUGGUAGUUUCAAGAGUGAAAUCUCUGGGAUCAUGUACCAGUUCUUGAACUUCUUGUCAAGCUCCAAGUCCCCCUUUUGGAUCAAUGCCUACCCUUACUUUGCUUACAAGGAUGAACCUAAUGGGAUUUCCUUGAACUAUGUGAUGUUCAAUCCUAAUGCAGGAAUGGUUGACCCUUACACCAAUCUCCACUAUGACAACAUGCUUUAUGCUAUGGUAGAUGCUGUUUCAUUUGCCAUUGCUAAAAUGGGGUUCAAGGGGAUAGAGGUUAGGGUCUCUGAGACUGGUUGGCCAUCAAAGGGAGAUGCUAAUGAGGUUGGCGCCACACCAAUGAAUGCUGCAACUUACAACAGGAACUUGCUGAGAAGGCAAAUGGCCGGUGAAGGGACACCUUUGAAUCCUAGAAUGAGGUUGGAAGUGUACUUGUUUGCGUUGUUCAAUGAAGACUUGAAGCCUGGACCAACCUCAGAGAGAAACUAUGGUCUCUUUAGGCCUGAUGAAUCCAUGACUUACAAUGUAGGGUUGUCUGCUCUUGCAACCUCAUCAGCAACAACUUCCUCCUCCUCUUCAAUUUCUCUUGCUUCCUCUGGCACUAAGAUUAAGGUAACACCAUGGGAAUACAAAAGCUUGGUGAACUGGAUGUUUGUAUUUGUGCUGAUUUCAACCCUUUAUGGGUGAAGAAUAUCCCUAUACUGUGAAAUUCAUGUCAAUAUUCCCAUUAAGUACAGUUGGGAUUUUACUUCCUUCAAGUGUCUAAAAGGAGAUCCACCACCUAAACAAAGGCAUUCUGGAAUCUCAAGUUUGAACAUUAAAGGCAACCAACCUAUUUUGCAGAAGAUAGAGACCAACAACACACUUUCCAAACAAUUGGGCUGCAAAAUCAGCAAUACAACAAACAAAGGAAGAAUAGAAAUCAAGUGGAAAAAAAUGGAAGAUAACCCAACGUCUUAAUCAAGUGGCUAUGCUUACGUCCACUUACCCCACCAUUAGUCAGUAGUCACAUUCUAGCAACUAGCAUGCAUGUGGCGGUGACGGGAAACUGAGCUUAUUUUAGGUAGACAAGGGACAAAAGCCAUCUCAUUCUUUCAAUGCAAGAUGUUGCAGAAGAAUAAAUUCUAGUUUCAGCGUAAUUGCUUUGAUUAUCAAAUACGAAAUACAUUAUGUUGUAUGUCGCUUAUGUAAAGUUAAUUAAUUUCACUUUUGUUUGCUUCCUA